AUGGGCUCUCGUUUACUUGUCUUAUUGGCAUUAUCAGCAUGGCCUCUCAAUGGCUUCUGCUUCAGCACACCACGUGGGCCGAGACAGUCACUCCAGGGCUAUGCGGCCAGCAAUGAUUCAGGUACCCCAGCCUAUAGAGACUCUUCUCUAUGCGUCAACGAUAGAGUUGAAGAUCUCUUUCAGCGAAUGACCCUAGAGGAGAAAGCCGGCCAAAUGUUCCAUGCGAUGCUGUUCAUGGGUCCUAACGGCACAUUGGAUGAAGGGAGCGAAGCUGCACUUCGGAAUAGCACCGACUUCAUGAUUGGGAACCAAUUUCUAACGCAUUUUAACCUCGUGGGUGAUAUUACCGAUGCGAGGGAGACAGCCGAGUUCCACAAUCGCGUCCAGCAACGAGCUCGGGAGACGCGUCUUGGAAUUCCUAUAACGCUAUCCUCUGAUCCUCGACAUCACUUCACUGAGAAUAUUGGAACUGGCUUCAACGCAGGUCGCUUCUCUCAAUGGCCCGAGACUCUCGGACUCGCUGCACUUCGAGACGCCGACUUGGUUCGGAGAUUCGCCGAGAUCGCUCGCGAAGAAUAUCUAGCUGUUGGUCUGCGUGCUGCGCUGCACCCGCAAGUAGACCUGACGACAGAGCCGCGGUGGGCGCGAAUUGCUGGUACGUUUGGCGAAGAUUCGAACCUAACCGCCGAACUCCUUACGGCUUAUAUCAAAGGCUUUCAAGGCGAGAAGUUCGGUCUCACCUCUGUAAGUACCGUGACGAAGCAUUUCCCUGGCGGAGGUCCGAUGGAAAACGGCGAAGAUAGUCAUUUCGUCUACGGAAAGAACGAGACCUAUCCUGGAAAUAACUUCGAUCAUCACCUCAUCCCUUUCAGGGCAGCUAUUGCUGCAGACGCCCGCCAAAUGAUGCCGUACUACAGCCGUCCGAUCGGCACUCAGUACGAGCCUGUGGGGUUUUCAUUUAAUAAGGGGAUUGUCACAGAUCUUCUACGCAACGAGCUCGGAUUCGAGGGCGUUGUAGUAACCGACUGGGGUUUGAUUACUGAUACAUACCUCGCUGGUCAAUACAUGCCUGCUCGAGCAUGGGGAGUAGAGGACUUAUCAGAGCUAGAGCGAGCAGCGCGCAUCCUCGAAGCUGGGUGCGACCAAUUCGGCGGCGAGACGCGUCCUGAGCUUAUCGUGCAGUUGGUCCAUGAGGGCGUGGUAAGCGAAGAACGCUUGGAUGUCUCUGUGCGAAAGCUACUGCGCGAAAAGUUCAUGCUAGGGCUUUUUGAUAACCCAUUUGUCGAUACAGAUGCUGCCGCUCGAAUCGUCGGGAAUGAUUAUUUUACGCGCUUAGGCAAUGAGGCCCAACGUCGCUCGUAUACGCUGCUUACCAACAAGGACGAGACUUUACCACUUCGCAACGCUGGGCCGGAGACUAAAUUCUAUAUCGAGGGUUUCAACGCAACUUUACUGCAAAAUCGAGGUUAUACGGUAGUGGAUAAACUCGAGGAUGCUGAUUACGCUCUUCUGCGGUUAGCAGCUCCUUACCAACCGCGACCAGGAGGUGUCGAAUCUAUGUUCCACGCUGGAUCUCUUGAGUUCUCCGCCGAAGAACGAGCGCGCCAAGAGGCUAUAUACUCAACAGUGCCGGCUAUUGUCGACAUGAUGUUAGACCGACCAGCCGCAGUACCUGAGGUCGCAGAACGAUCGGUGGCAAUGCUAGCCAGUUUUGGAAGCAGUUCCGAGGCAUUCCUCGAUAUCAUAUUCGGUGUUGCUGAGCCUGAAGGCAAAUUGCCGUAUGACUUACCGCGUUCGAAUGCAGCUGUCGAAGCGGCUAUGGAAGAUGUGCCGUUCGAUACCAAAGAUCCAGUGUUUAGAUUCGGACAUGGGCUAAGCUACGCAGAUCGACAUGCUUAUGACAAUGGGGUGCAAUGUUCACUACCAAGAUAUCAUUCCUGCUAUUGCAACAAACAUCACCUCGAAGAAAGGUCUCUAUACCAUUUCUACAAGUUUGUUGAGCGCGAGUGGGAGUGGUAUCAACACAAGGAGCUAGAACAUAACGACAUCAACAAGCUUACUUGGGCCCAUUAUCUCCUCUCCAUCGCGAUUUGCGCACGGCGGGUACACACCAGCCGGUAUUUUAGAGAAGAUCGCUGCGAAGGACAUGAACAGCGUGUAUUGUGGCUCCUGUCCGAUCGAAAUGAGAUAGAGGAGUCGAUUCUCCUCGCGGACUACGGAAUUAUCGGACAACAAGAGGCAACCAAGGGAAUUAGACGUGUUCUCUUAGAGGCAGUGGAGAACAUCGACGAAGAACUAGGCAAAACGGAAUUCCAAAGGCUAUUAACGGAAUUCCCGGCAAUCCAGAUAGUUCCAGAAGACACACCGGGUGCAAGAACUAAGGCCACUGACGACGCCGAGAAGGAAGCCAGAAAGAAAUACUAUAGUCUAGGUGACUGGUAA